AUGAAAAAACUGCUCUGUUCCUCUCGGUCUAUUGCAACAAACAGCUUCGGAAAUAUUUGUGCAAAAAAAAGUUUCUUGGCAUUGAUCACAGCAAAUUCCCAUACAUUACACAACAAUGAUCAUCAAAAUAUAAGAAGCUUUUCAUGUUGCAUAAUUCCAAUGAAAAAAAAAAGUAAUAGCGGAGCAAUAGUUAAAUCAAAGAAAAAGAGGAUAGGACAAAGCUUUUUUGUGGAUGGAGAUGAUGACUUUGUCAUGUUUGAAGCUUCAUCACAUUACGACGGAGAUAUUGGAGAUGAAAGUGCAUUCUUUCAUCCCAUGAUGGGAAUGGCUCCAGAUUUAUUUGACCAAGCAUUCCAAUACGAUAAAGAGCACCAAAAUCAUGAUAGCGUUGCGAUCAAUUGGCAUGAGGAAAAGGAUCAUCAUGAAUUGGUUAUUACAUGUCCUGGGCUUACGAAAAAGAGUGCAAAGGCAACAUUUGACAAAUCUGAUAACAGUAUUGUGAUAAAAGGAAAGCUAAAGCCUAUUGCAAGCCACAUUGAAAGCAUAACUUUUCAUAGAAGAGUUUCACUACCAGAUAAUGUUAACUUUAACGAAAAACCAUAUAUUACUGACAUUAAUGUUGAAAGGUCGGAAUACUGCGAUCAUGAAGGAAUUUGUGUAAUUAUUGCAAAAACUGGAUGUGAGCCAGCUCGUUCUCACUCGAAUACUCCUGAGAAUACGAAUUCUGUGGACGCUUCUGAAGUAGAUGACGAAACAAAUGACAUGUUUGAAAGCUCACAACACUUCUCUGACGAAUCUGAAGAAAUGCCACAAUCUCAUGCCAAGCCAAAACCAAAGAAAAAGCCUAAAAAGUCAUCCAAACCAUCGAAAAAUACGUUUGAUGAAGAUUUUAUUAUUGACGCCCAAUUUAUUGAGAAAUGUGCAUAA